AUGGGAUGGCUCCACUUUGAUAACGGCACUUAUCACCAGAUCAAAACAAGAAAUGGAGGUGGAACACGGCACCUGUCAGUGGAGAAAUCAGUAACUAUGGGUGAACUGCUGGAGACGGGCAAGGGCUUGUUUUUUCCAAAUGGAUAUUCAUCUAAAGGACCAAUGGAAGACCUCGAGUUUGAUAUUCGUGAUUUUGGUCACAAUGCAGUAUCCCCUGAAGUCACAGUGAGCCAGCUGUACGAGCAGACUAAGAUACAAAUGCUGCGCAUCUACACAACCUCCAAGGCUAAAGAUGUAAUACUUCUCUCUGAUGCAUCAUUUGACUUCGAGCCCACAGAUGAGAGGCCAAUGAAGACUAGGACAAUGCAGAGACGAUCCUUGAGGAACAAAACCAGGAGACGUCACCACUGGAGGACUGGAACUGAUCAUCGAGUGGAUCAUCCAGAGAGCUCCACUGAUUUAGAUCCAGCACCCAGUGGCUCAAUGCAGGAAAACCAUGAAAAACACUCUACACUGAAUGACGGACCUGUAUCAUCAAGCAGUCUUCUAGCAUCACCAGACCCAUUUGAAAAAGAACCCCUUGUGAAAUUAAGACAAGUAAACAUAGUUGAUGAUGUCCUUAAUAUCUUCAUUGAACCAAAAAUACUGAAUGCUAAUCUAAAAAUGGAGUUUACAAAUGAGAAAGCUGUGGAGAGUGAUGGAAUAAUGGGAGCUGGAGAGGAACAAUUCUACGAGCCUAGUCUGAAUGUUUUACUGGGAACACACUGCAUGGUAGAGGAUGUGUAUGAGGACGAAAAGAACCUGAUCUCCAUCCCUCUGUGGGAUCGAACCACGGGCGCUGUCCAGUGUUUUCUCUCCGUGUAG